AAAUGUGCGACUUGCGACUUGCGAGAAGUUCGGAAUUCGGAUCCUGUGUUCGGAUCGGACCGAGCUGGCCGCGGGGUGUCUCAAUAGAGUCGAUGCUAGUUUGUUGUCUUUACAUAAAUUAUUAAAUAAUUUAUAUGUAAUACGUCAUCCUAUGACCUCUAGUCUACACCGUAAAAUCAGUGUUAGAUUUGUUGAUUAGUUUUUACCACUAAGUUAGUAAAUUAAUAACAGCAUAAAUAUGUCUGUGAUCGGAAAAUUUGUUGUGCCCAACGUAUCGCCGAAGAACUUCGCGAAAAUAGGCGCCGCGUUGCAAGCUUCUAAAUCAAGUAGAAACUAUUUUACAUACACUCAAGAACUAUCUCAACCAUUGGACCGGAAACCUGAGAUAUUGAGUGCAAAACAGGCUUUCGAAAAAUGUCUAAAAUCUGGACAAACUGUAUACGCCCAGGGUGCCGCGGCCACCCCGGUCCCACUCCUCGACGCUAUGACGGACGUCGGCAAGGCUGGCAAUCUGCGAGACAUAAAGGUGGUCCAUAUGCACACAGAAAAGGAAGCGAAGUAUGUCGCUCCGGAGUACAAGGAUAUAUUUAGAUCAGUUUCUCUGUUCAUGGCGGCGAACGUCCGUAAAUCGGUCGCCGAAGGUCGAUCGGACGCGAUCCCGAUCUUCCUACAGGACAUACCUAAGCUGUUCCAUCGGAAGAUCAUUAGACCAGACAUCGCUCUUAUUCAGGUAUCCCCCCCUGACCAACACGGCUAUUGUAGCUUGGGCACAUCCGUUGAUUGUGUGCGAGCUGCUCUUGUUAACUCGCAGGUUAUUAUCGCUCAAAUUAACGUCAAUAUGCCACGUACGUUCGGCGAUGCGAUCAUCCACGUGUCGCACGUAGACUACGCGGUGGAAGACAACACCCCCCUUCCGGAACACGGCGGUAAGCCCGCCAGUCCUGAGGAGACUAAGAUUGGACAACUGAUCGGAGAAAACCUCGUCGUGGAUGGUGCUACUUUGCAGAUGGGUAUUGGCAGUAUUCCCGAUGCGGUGCUGUCGGCACUGAAGAACCAUAAAGACUUGGGCAUCCACUCGGAGAUGUUCAGUGUGGGAGUCAUAGAUCUGGUGAAGCGCGGCUGCGUCACCAAUAACAGAAAGAAGUUUCACAAAGGGCGGAUUGUCGGCAGCUUUUUGGUCGGAAACAAGGAAUUGUAUGACUUCGUUGACAACAAUCCAUUCAUUGAAAUGUUGGAGAUAGACUACGUAAACAACACGCACGUCGUAUCACUUCUCCCUGACAUGACCGCCAUCAACUCCUGCAUUGAAGUUGACAUUACUGGCCAAGUGUGCGCUGACUCUAUAGGUACUCGAAUGUUCUCCGGCUUCGGUGGUCAAGUUGACUUCAUUCGAGGCGCAGCCGAGGCAGUUGACGGUCGCGGCAAACCCAUAAUAGCCCUGGUGUCCACCACCAAACGGAACGAGUCGAAAAUCGUACCUACACUUAAAGUUGGUGCUGGCGUGGUUACAACACGCGCACACGUCAACUACGUAGUCACCGAGCAAGGCAUCGCCAAUUUGUUCGGCAAGACAUUGCGGCAACGCGCCUACGAGUUGAUCAAGAUCUCGCAUCCCGACCACCGCGAAACCCUCGAGAAGGCUGCCUUUGAACGCCUAAAGUGUAUGCCCGCGCCUUAAGCGGACCAUAGACAAUUCACUGCUAAUUCGGUUGUAUCAUUGAACUCUUUUAUUAAAACUACCCUUUGUCUGUAAUUUAGACACACGUGUGUUAACUAUUUUUUCGUUACUUAUCUUAUCAUGUAAACCAUCUUUUCACUAUUUUCCAGUGUAAAGUAAGUUUUAAAGUGUACGAUAAAAUGAAUAAAAAUAUAUUACCAAACUAAAAAAGAGAUGUUCUUUAUGUAAGUGUGUUUUUAUUAUUUUUUACACUAAAAGUAAUGGAACGAUGGUUUUAACGUAAUAGGACAGUAAGUAUAACCGUCAAUGAGCAUAAUUAAUUAUCGAUAAACGAACCGAAGUUUUUUCCUAUUAAAUUAGUUAUUUAUUAAUAUGACAAAAAGCCUAAGGAAACUUUUCGCUGGUGCGUUUUUCUAUGUUCGGGUAUGGUAUGUUCGAUUUAUUUUAUUUCACAACUGAUUGGAUAGCCUGUUGUUGUUUAAUAUGCGUAGCACUUUACUGAGUGGGCGGUAUCCGUCAAUGAAGUAUAUCUAUACAUUUUAACCGCAAAAAAAAUCGAAACUUCAUUGGCGAAUGCUGCCAAAAUGAUCAUCCUAAAUUUGACAAAGCACAAGUGUAUUAACACGCUUUAUUUACAUUAAUUCUCUAUUUUCUGUGGCCUUUGUUAAGUAUUUAUAUUUUCGAUUAAACAAAAGUACCUUCCUUAUUACAGGAGAUCUCUAGAAAAGUAAUAGUUUAAAUUUAAGACCUGUCAGUUAAUUUUAAUUUAAGCCUUCUAUACAACUGAAUUAGCAGCAAUAUAGAACACGGUAGCUUUUAGUUACGGUUAUUUUCGCGGGCCUCGUUAGAUGGAAAGCUUUCCCAUAAAGAAUGUUUGCUGUGAUAGAAUAAAACCAAGAUGUAAAACGAUGUUUCCCUUUUCACCAAAGCGAACUAUGUGUAUUACAUAUUAUGAUACUAUCACUGGUUUGCAUCGUGUGUAGGAUAAGUUCCAUUGUAGGUAAUAGAUUCUUAAAACUCGUUUUGAUCUAUGAGUUUAGGAGAAAAGUUUUGGCGCAGGCAACACUUUUCUGUAUUGCCAUACCUUAAAAGUUUUUCAAACGUUUUCAUUUAAUCGUUUUUUUUUAAAUACCUCUGGAUGCAUAUGUCCCCGUGCUCAGUUUAUCCUAUUUAUCCAACAUGCAAACCUUUCAAAAAGAUUUUAGUUAUGCCUCUGGAAGUUACCCCGAGUUCUUUUCCGUUAUCCACCCUUUACAGGAUGCAAAUUUAUCUUUAUAUAUCUGCCAAAUUGACUUGACUUUAAGUCGACAAUAUUAUGCAAUAUAUUCUGCUUGGGUAAGUGAUAUGUAUAUAAAACUUAGAUUAGAUAAAUCGCUUUGUGUGAAUUGUUACAGAGCCUGGCCCCGUACCUCUUGGGGCUUAUUACCAUCGCUCAAAGCAGUGUUAUUUUAAAAUUACAUUUUAAUGUGACAUCCCUUGUCCUUAACAUCUCUAAGAGAUAAGGAUUGUAAUUCGAAAACAAGAGCGUCAACAAUGUUACAAUAAUAUUACUUAAAUCAAUGGUAGUUAGCCCACAGGUCCACAUGAAUAACAUUUGCAAUAUUUUAUGCUUAUUAAAUAAUUAGUUUAUGCGUUUUUGCGUAAGGACCCGAUAUUUAUUCAUAUAUUAAGUCAUAGUACUCACUUGCGACUGCCUGUAAGCUGUUUUUUGCCGCUUGGUUUGUUAUUCAAGUAUAAAUACAUAAAUUAUAAAUUAUUUUAAUCUGUGUGGAUAGGUUUUGCUUAUUGGUUUUAUAAGGUGUGGUUAAGGAAACAUAGGUGCUUUUUUAGGCCAUAGUGAUCGCACUAUGGGCUCGGCUAGUAACAAUAGACAAUAAUUGUAUUACCAUAAGUAUUGAUUAAUUUUGCAAUUUGUAAAGACCAGAAUACAACCGUUUUCGAAGUAACCAAUGAGGAUACAAACACUAGAUGUAACCGUAACAAAAGGUUGCUAAAGCGGUCUUGGCCUUAGGUCACGUGUAAGUGUUACCAGUAUAGUAAUUUAUCUUGAGUCUAGUAGUUUCAACACUGUUGCUUUAGGGGCUUAGAAUAGAGAGUUCUGUUAUUCUAAGAUUAGAAGUAACUAGUAGUAUUAGAAGUAACGGUAUUCUAUUUUUGAAAAUUCGAAUUUAAAAAUGCAUUUGAAUUGAAAAGCAACAGCAAUGCUGGUGAUAAAAUUCCGAGAAAGUUAUCUGUUUCCUAUACAGAGUUCGGAAAGGGGAUUGUCUGAUUUAUUCAGACACUACUAUAAUCUUGACACGAAACUGAAUCAAGGCCUCGCCUUCUUUAUCUACAGAUAGAUGAGUCAUAAAAGUUCUAUUUUCAAGACUGCGGGUUGGUGGGUAUGGCCUUCACCACUUCCUGUCUGCGUUAGCUUAUGUUUAAUUUCAAAGAAGCGUCGUAUUUAUCGUAGAGAUACAGGGAGUGCUAAAAAGUAUCGAUAGAGAAAUAUGUAUUAACAUCGAUUCACAUAUAUCGAAAAAGAAGCAAUCGGUGAAACGUUCUAAAGUAUUGGUAAUCUAUAAAAUUGUAUUGUUUUUUUUCCUUUACUAUGCUUCCAGCAGUUUCAGUUUAUAAAAUAUUAUAUUUGGUUAUUUUUGUCAAAUCGAUGUAUUGACAUAAUAAAUACAUCAUUGUUCUUAGAAAAUAAGUCCCGAAUGUUGUAAAACAAAGUGAAUAAUUCUAAAUGAUAUAGUGUCAUUUUAGAGAUUUACAACUUUGGAAUGAAAAAUAACCAAAAUUUUUGGGUGUAUUUAAAAGAUAAUUUGAAUCGAUGCAAAUUAAAUCAAAUUUUCCAUGAUAGUUUUUGUAAAAUUUCUUGUAAAAUCCAAGAUAUCAAAAUAAUAAUAAAUAUUUUUUUUGUUUAUUUAAGCCAUUUGUGUUUCGCUUAUUGUUAAUCGAAUUAAGAGCAGUCUGCAAGUCUAAUUCAGCCCUCGUCGAUUGUGUGAUUUGUUGCCAUUUUUUGGGGAUAUGUGGAGUGAUGGCAGGCUACUCAGAAACUUAAUCAAAUGGCAAGAUUUUUUAGAUGAACCCAAUAGCAUAGCCAUUACCAUUGUUCUACGUGUUUUAUUUCAUUUUAGAGUUGUAUACCUCUGAAAAACAGACUUUUCAUAUUAUUGCAUUACCUUUACACCACAGUAUAGAUUUAAGCAUGAUAAUUGAUUUGCUAUAAAUAUUUUCUUUUUUAGUGUAACCAUCGGUCGAUAUAGUCCGUUUUUUAUAUUAUAUUUGUUUUAGUUUUAUAAUCUGAAUAAAACUUAUUAUUAUCGAU